AUGGCGAAGGAACAUGUGGCUCUUCAGGUUUGGGAUCUUGGCGGACAAGACAGACUUAGGACAUCGUGGGCAACAUAUUACCGGGGAACUCAUGCGGUGAUUGUAGUGAUAGACAGCACAGAUAGAGCCAGGAUUGGUAUUAUGAAGGAUGAACUCUUCCGCCUACUCCCACACGACGAUCUUCAAAAUUCUGUCGUACUCGUCUUUGCAAACAAACAAGACCUCAAGGAUGCCAUGACUCCGGCCGAGAUAACCGAUGCCCUUUCCCUUCACAGUAUCAAGAACCAUGAUUGGCACAUUCAAGCCUGCUGUGCCCUCACAGGAGAUGGGCUGUAUGAUGGUUUGGGGUGGAUUGCGCAGCAUGUCACUGGGAAAGCACCAAGCUAG